GGUGAUGAAGUGGAGUAUGAGGACGGGAUAGCUUCCAUCCCCGUCGACCCCGCUACGGACACUGCGCUGAGCUCGGCUGCUAUAGCGGGGAUAUCACUGGCAAGUAUCGGGUGUCUUCUGCUGCUGAUGUUUCUGCUGGGGCGGUGGUACGUGCGACGGGUGGCGGCCAAGUAUCAAACACCGAGUGCCGCUGCGACUGAGCGCAACAUCCGACGGAAGCACAGGUGGACGGACGCAGGAACCGAUGAGGCCAGACAGGUCUUGAGGCAAUUGCGGGAGAUGAAUGUGGGGUCUGAUGGUUGGAUCUCUCCUCAGUCUUUCAAAACUCUCGAUCUGAUUGGCACUGGAGCCUUCGGCAAAAUAUACCGCGGUGUGGUGUUCAUCGAAGAUACCGCAGUUGUGUGCGCUAUCAAAUGCCUCAAAGAGUCCGAUGUGACCCAAAUGGCCGCGUUUGAGCAUGAGAUCCAACUACAGCAGAACCUGAAUCACCCUAACCUGGUCCAUGUCCUCGGUGCAAGCAUAGGGCUCGAGUGCGACCACGAGACGGGGGUUCGCCCGCUGUAUCUGCUGAUGGAGUAUUGUCAGGAGAAAGAUCUACACACCUAUCUCACGAACAACGCAGCACAUGUCACCAUCGAGAUGAAGCUGUGGUACGCGUACGAGUUAGCAAAGGCUAUGGCUUAUCUGGCAGACGUCGGUGUCAUCCAUCGCGAUGUGGCUGCACGGAAUUGUCUUCUGAGCGCCCAAGUGGCCGAGAGCUUCGGUCACUUCAAUGUGAAACUCAGUGACAUGGGUAUGGCCAGAGCGGCCAACAAUUCAGGCCAGUAUAUCAAAGGAACACAUGGAGGUCUGCUACCCGUCCGGUGGAUGGCAAUUGAAAGUAUUGAGAAUGACAUCUACACCUCACAGUCUGAUGUGUGGGCCUUUGCGGUGACGGUGUGGGAAAUCUUCUCCAAUGGCGCGGUGCCCUAUGGAUUCCUCCCCGAGGCCACUCAAGUCAGACAAGCCCUGAGGCACGGUGUCAAGCUACUGGCCUGUGCUGCCGGCAUCAUGCCGCAUUGGGAGAAAAUACUGAAACAUGGGGGCACCACGGGCCUGGUGGCCACAGUAAUGCCAACAUUCACCAACCCUAACAACGUUGCCAUAGCAACCAUGACCGAACCCAUCACAAAUGGCAUCUGCGGAAACUACUUCUUUGAUGAAGAACAGCAGAAAGAGGUGAUGAUGAACGACCCUAAGUUUUUGCGGGUCGACACACUCUUCCGCCACCUGCAGCAGGCAGGUGUCAACUUGGGCAUCGUGACAGCCAAGGAUAAGCUCCUGCGAUUGCUUUCUCACGGCUUGGUAGACAAAGCCUCGAAAUUUGCAGUGUCUGUGGAGAAGGUCACAGAUGCCGACUCCGCCAAGACUCUAGCGGACGCCGGAGUGAAUGUAGAACAGUUGCUUGCCGGUCGGACUCUCCCCACAAUCUACGACCCGGACAUCAGUGUAUUUACACUGGAGAUCGGAUUGGAAUGGCUCAAGCAAUUGAGAGUGAACGGUAGAGGUGAAGAACCGACUGCCUUGUAUCUGUCGACAACAGACUUUGUGCAACACAAAUACCGGCCAGGCUCCGAGGGAGCGAAUGACUUCUAUGCCAAAAUUGACAAGGUAAUCGGUGAGCUCGACGCGUUUGGUGCAAUAAUUGGAGUCACCGCCGACCACGGAAUGAACGACAAAGUAAGACAUGACAACUCGCCGAAUGUGGUAUUUCUGGAGAGCGAGCUGACAAAGCAUGGCAUUGAGGCUCGCGUGAUCCUUCCCAUCACGGAUCCUUAUGUUGUGCACCAUGGAGCACUGGGUUCGUUCGGGACUGUGUAUCUAGCCGACAAAAGCCCCGAGGUACUUUCCAAGGCUCUCUCUAUCGUUCGCGACUGCAGAGGCGUCGCUAAUGCUCUGUCACGUGAACCAGCGUCCAAAGGAUUCGGCCUACCAAGCGACCGAAUUGGUGACUUUGUGGUCGUGGGGGAUAUGGAUACCGUUAUCGGCAAGUCACCAGAAUGGCACGAUCUCACGGCACUUGGAGAUAUACCCCUUCGAUCUCAUGGAGGUUUGGAAGAGAGUACAGUGCCGAUGAUGAUUAGCAAACCGCUAAUAUCAGACUACAAGAAACGCCUGGGAGGUGGCCGGGCGAGGAAUUUUCAUCUCUUUGAGUUCUUAUGCAAUGGGAUUAAUACAUCCAGAUGAAAUCGUCAUAUAGGGCCGUUCUAACAACGGUCAGUGUGUCAUGAUUUGUUAGGCGAAGUACAUAUGCAGGUGGAGACGUGCGUGCAAAAACACGGUUCAGGACUGUGGCGAUAUCACCACCGGUUCCACAGUGGCUAUCAUCGUACUCGCCACAAACCAUUGAGAGCGUGUGAAUUAAAAUAUACGGUGACACGGCCACUCGUUACGGCUGCUUAAAUGAAGCAGAAGAGGCUCACCAAGUUCGUGCCCACACCCAGCCACAUCAACCAGCCAGGCAUGCCACCAUGGUGAUUCACGCACGUCAAAUUGGCUAUAGAAUAGAAAACACUGAUUUGUAUGAUUCUGGGAUGGCGCUCAGCGAGCUUUGAUAAUGCCUAUACAAACACUAGCGCUAUGUGAUGAGGACUGAUGCCCUUUUCGGUGUGGCCUUCAACAGCGAUGGCCUGACGAGCUCUGAUUCGCCUGUGAUGUCCUAGGAUAUCUGCUACUUUAGGCAGGUAUAUAGCGGCGUCCUCCAUUUUGAUUUAGUUUAGUUAGUAGAAAUAAAUAUUAGCCCGCGUACUAAG